UGUAAUAUUUGUAUAUCUAAUUUGUAUGUAAUAUUUGUAAUGCUGUAAUAUCUGUAAUACUGUAAUAUCUGUUACUCUAACGUGUCUGUAAUAUCUGUAAUGCUGUAAUAUCUGUUAUUCUAACGUGUCUGUAAUAUCUGUAAUGCUGUAAUAUCUGUAAUACUGUGAUAUGCUACUCUAAUGCAUCUGUAAUAUCUGUAAUACUGUAAUAUCUGUAAUGAUGUAAUAUCUGUUAUUUUCACACAUCUGUAAUAUCUGUAAUACUGUAAUAUGUUACUCUAAUGCAUCUGUAAUACCUGUAAUGCUGUAACAUGUUACUCUAGUGCAUCUGUAAUGCUGUGAUAUCUGUUACUUUAACACAUCUGUAAUAACUAUAAUGCUGUAAUAUGUUACUUUAACACAUCUGUAAUACUGUAAUCUGUUACUUUAACACAUCUGAAAUAUCUGUAAUGCUGUAAUAUCUGUUACUUUAACACAUCUGUAAUACCUGUAAUGCUGUAAUAUCUGUGACUUUAACACAUCUGUAAUACCUGUAAUGCUAUAAUAUCUGUGACUUUAACACAUCUGUAAUACCUGUAAUGCUAUAAUAUCUGUGACUUUAACACAUCUGUAAUGUCUAUAAUGCUGUAAUAUCUGUUACUUUAACACAUCUGUAAUACCUGUAAUGCUGUAAUAUCUGUGACUUUAACACAUCUGUAAUACCUGUAAUGCUAUAAUAUCUGUGACUUUAACACAUCUGUAAUGUCUAUAAUGCUGUAAUAUCUGUUACUUUAACACAUCUGUAAUACCUGUAAUGCUGUAAUAUCUGUGACUUUAACACAUCUGUAAUACCUGUAAUGCUAUAAUAUCUGUGACUUUAACACAUCUGUAAUACCUGUAAUGCUAUAAUAUCUGUGACUUUAACACAUCUGUAAUACCUGUAAUGCUAUAAUAUCUGUGACUUUAACACAUCUGUAAUACCUGUAAUGCUAUAAUAUCUGUGACUUUAACACAUCUGUAAUGUCUAUAAUGCUGUAAUAUCUGUUACUUUAACGCGUCUGUAAUAUCUGUAAUGCUGUAAUAUCUGUUACUUUAACACAUCUGUAAUAUCUGUAAUACUAUAAUAUCUGUUACUCUAACGCGACCCCGCCAUCGUCGCCUCCAGUCUGACAUUCGCAGCCCGAGCUCCGGGUGACUGUGCUCGCGCCAGGCGCACUGCCAAAGCGCGCUGCCUGAUAGCGCAGGGGCAACAGCGCGCUCAAGGACUUCGCCGAGACAACUCCGUCUGCACGAGAACUCCACAGUCCAGCCUCGUUACCGCUGCUGAAUACGACCGCUUAGUGCGUAAGCACGCGCCGAGGCGAGUUGCACGGGCCCCGAGGACAGCACUCGACUUGUCGACACGGACGGAAAGUGUCGUUUGGUAACCGCGAGCCGCCUCCUGGACCAGGCCGGCGCACCUCUCGUGCUUCAGAGCGUGGAAACACGUCGUUACUGGGAGGGAGAACGCUCGGGCCACUCGGGCCGGAUGUCUAACACGCUCUCCUGUGCGCGCGGUGAGGUGCAGUGGUUUUGCGGGGAUUAAACUCCUAAAUGUCCACGUGAAGUCCGCUUUCUUCACCACCCGUGCUGCGCUGCUGCUCUGGAAAAGUCGCGUUUGGCAAUCGCUCCUGUGGCCGGGUGAGACUGCGCGAGAUUGUCAUAGUACGCUUUUUUGAUAUUUUUUUCAGAGAAACAAAUAUAUUACCAUCUGUUCAGGACAGGUUUAGACGGUAUGUGCGCGUGAGGGCCUUCGCACCUCCGCCUCGCGAUCGAGGAACGGAUUUAUUUAUUUAUUUAUUUAUUUCGUCGAUCAACUUGUUGCGUCGAGUUUACUUUCAAGUAUCGCGCGGGCCUCUGCGCUGGAGUGGUCGGUGUGCGGCAUGGAUCUCCCCCAGGGGCUCGGCGGAGUCUGCGACUCCCCAAACACGCUCUUCCGUGGUCCCUUUCACGCGCUGUUCCACGGUGUGCACGGCUCGCGACCUGGAAGCGCUGCAGCUUCGGACACCCUGGAGUCCAAGUGCAGUGUCCAGCCGGACGCGCGGCCGUGGGAAACGCGCCAGUCCCACGGGGAUACGCGCUCACCCUGCAGAGAAGUACGUGCCGGGACCCCGCUCGGGCCAGGCGGCAUCGCGAGGGACGGCGAAAUCGCGGAUUUGAUGGGAGUUUCACCGAUGGAGGCGAACGGGGUCCUGCUCGCGAAAAGCCCCGAAAGCAAAAGCCGCUUCACGGAGGUCAUGUCCGACCGCGCGGAUGUCGCCGAAUUCGGCAUCCGUCGCUCAGACUUCCAGCAAAACAGCAAGUCGGAACUUCCGUCCCGCGUGAGCACCGCCGAACCCCACCAGACGCGCGAGCUGAGAGCGGGCGGUGACGCGGGAGCGGCACACAGCGGAGUACCGAGCUCCGCCGGCAGCACCACCAUAUCCGAGACCGCGCGAGAGCUGUGCAAAGCCGUGUCUGUGUCGCUGGGGUUGGCCGUGGAGACGCACGAGCUCGGCGACGUGGGUGCGAACCGCGCGCCGCCGCCCCCUACCACAGACGGAAGUCAAGGCAGCUGUUUGUUUGAAGCGCUGGGCUGCUCGCGAGGGGACUACAGAAGCGGAGCGGACAGCGGCGGUGGCGCUCUGCAGCUCGCGAAACUCUGCGGGAAGUUUAGAAGCGGCGACGCGGAGCACCUGCCCGGUGGCACGGCGACCUUCCAGCACCUGAGCAACCCGCACGCGCGCCCGAACACCAGCAAGCCAAACCCGGAGUUCCGCGAGGACGUCGCGAGGCUGAGAGCGGAGAGCACAGCGGCUGCUGCCCUCAGCAUGGACGCAGCUCGCGCUGCCGCUUCCUGUCGCUUCGAGCCCCUCUUGCCCGCGAACUUCGGGGGUAUGAUGGAGCCGUUGCCUCCCGAGCUCGAUGACGGACCGGCGUCCGGCAUCCUAAAGUCUGGGGUGUUAGCGGACGAGCUCGCGGGAUGCGUGGAGCAGAGAUACGGCGAUUAUUUAAGUCACUACAACGUCAAGGUAAAGUCCGAGGUCACGCAGGGCGAAGCGCACGAGGUCUGGCGUUACCCCUUCCGUUAUACCGAGAACGGUAACGCGCAGUACGGACCGGUCAGGCAGUGCAUGGCCCCGUACACCGCUGCACCGGAAACCGCGCUCAUCUGCAGCUCGUAUGAGUACGGGAGGACCGGGGGACUGGCAGCGCGAGACAAAGCUGUUCCCGAGCAGUGGUACCAGGGCGGGAUGCUGCCCCGCGUGGCUUAUCCCAGUUUACCGAGCCUGAAAAGCGAAGUCGGGGAGUGGCUGGACGUGAGCACGCUCACCGACGCCAGGCUGGAGGGGAACAGGGAAGUCUUUCCGAUGGAGUUCUUUUUCCCUCCCCAGCGCACAUGUCUCAUCUGCUCGGACGAGGCAUCAGGAUGUCAUUACGGAGCGCUCACCUGUGGAAGCUGUAAGGUGUUCUUCAAGAGGGCCGCUGAAGGGAAACAGAAGUAUCUGUGUGCCAGCCGGAACGACUGCACCAUUGAUAAGAUGAGAAGGAAGAACUGCCCCUCCUGUCGUCUGAAGAAGUGUUUUGAGGCGGGGAUGACUCUCGGAGCUCGUAAGUUGAAGAAGAUUGGUCAGCUGAAGGUUCCGGAGGAGGAGGCCCAGAGGCUGUGCACGGCCGAGGUGCUGCAGAUACCCUCACCGCAAACGGGCCUGAGCUUGCAUUCAGAGCACAUGUUCCUCAGCAUCCUGGAAGCCAUCGAGCCAGAGGUGGUGAACGCCGGGCAUGACCACGCCCAGCCAGACUCUGCUGCUGCCCUCCUCACCAGCCUCAACGAACUCGGAGAACGGCAGCUCGUCAAGGUGGUCAAAUGGGCCAAAGGGCUGCCAGGGUUCCGUAACCUCCACGUGGACGAUCAGAUGACAAUGAUUCAGCAUGCCUGGAUGGGAGUGAUGGUCUUUGCUCUGGGAUGGAGGUCCUAUAAAAAUGUCAACGCACGCAUGCUAUACUUCGCCCCAGACCUGGUCUUCAAUGACCAGAGGAUGCACGUCUCCAGCAUGUACGAGCACUGCGUCCAGAUGAAGCACCUCUCCCAGGAGUUCGUCCUGCUGCAGGUCACCCAGCAGGAGUUCCUCUGCAUGAAAGCCCUCCUCCUUUUCAGCAUCAUUCCUGUGGAGGGACUGAAGAGUCAGAAGUACUUUGAUGAGCUGCGUCUGACGUACAUUAACGAGUUGGAUCGUCUGAUUAAGAACGGAAAAAAGAGCAACUACGCACAUCGCUUCUACCAGCUCACACGCCUCAUGGACUCACUGCAGCCGAUCGUGCGGAAGCUGCAGCAGUUCACCUUUGACCUCUUUGUGCAAGCGCAGUCACUGCCUAGCAAGGUCAGCUUCCCGGAGAUGAUCGCCGAGAUCAUUUCUGUCCAAGUACCAAAGAUCCUCGCUGGCCUGGCCAGGCCAAUCCUGUUCCACAAGAACAUGGCUCCGCCUUCCACAUCCAAGAUAGCCACACCCACACAGGCGGGGCUAUCCCGCCCCUUCUGAUCUGGUCUGAGCCAGUCUGUUCCAGUCCUCAACACUACCAACGCUUUCUGUAGACUUAAAGAUCCUCAUUUUUCGUCUCGCUCUCUCUCUUUCUCUCUCUCUCUCUCUCUCUCUCUCUCUCUCUCUGUUCCCCCUCUCCUUUUUUCUUUUUGAAAAAUGUCUCUCAAAUUGGCUGGCGACCAUUACAUCAUUACACCAGUCAAUCUUCUUCUCCGGGAUAAUUUCACCUCAUUUUCUCAUGUCAUGUGAAACCUCUCCCUCACACUCUCUCACUCUCGUUCUCUGUCGCUUUCUGUCUGUCUGUCUCUCUUUUUUCUGCAUUCACUCCUGAAAAGUUUAAAGAAUCCCACCACGUUACCUGGAGGACAGCUUUGGUAAAACACGAAGCCUUUGGUUUUAGUUCGUUUUAGGCCCUGAAUGCCCAAGUUUCCCUGACAGAAAUGCUGGCUUGUUUCUAUGCAUAUAUGUUCAUCUGGCAACAGAAGGUCAGCUGCAAAAUGCCUCCCUGUUAGCCGGGAAAUGCUCUGUGCAGGGAAACCUUCCCAAUCUGUUCACGAAUCAAAAUGACAAUCACAGUUGAUUUAUUGAAUGGUGCCUGAGUGUAUUUAAUAUGGUACUCACUCCAACACAACCAUAUUACACGUAUGGGAGCUCAGAGCUGAAAACACAGUCUCUCUCUCUCGCUCUCUCUCUCUCUCUCUCUCAUACGGGCUCUUUUUCAAACUGAAACUGGAUUAUUUUAAAUAUUUGAAAACAGAUAAUGACUGUUAAAAGGUUAAUUUUGCCUUUGACAACUAAUUUGCAUGCUCUCUCUCUCUCACACACACACACACACACACACACAUCCUUUUCAUUGUGUAUUCUUUCUUUUACUUUUUACCAAAAUCAAUUUUUGAGCUAUAAGUCUGUCAUUUAGAAUUCGUAGCUGUUGUACAUAUAUCCAUAGCUGUGAGUGAAAUAUCAUGAGUCCUGCUUGCUUAUGCCUAAUACAAAGCACACACACACACAAGCGCAUGGCCCACACAACUUUCCCUAAAGCCUGGACAUAUCCAGGGAUCAGCAGACCCCUGGACAUGCCUGGGUGUCUCUUCUUCCACACACUCUGACCGCUUCAGUCGCUCCAGUGCCGUUGGUGACCUGCCGCUUGCUGUAGGAAGGUGUGUGCCUACAUUCUGACUUGCGUAGAAAGACCAGGUGUAUCUCAGCAGUGAAGUGGCAGCACACCAACGAAGCUAAAACUCUAAAAACAGGAUAUACGCAUGAGACAAAAGAUUUGUUUAUAAGCCAGACAACAAAAUUGUCUGACCCUCCUGACCUUCGAACAGCAUUCUCAUGGUGAUGGAUUUCUGUGGAGCAGCCGUGUGAGGUGUUUAGUUGUAACACAGGCAUCUAAGCGAGACUUGGAUAGGUACUCUACAUUUUUGGUUUUAAUACAGACAUCUGAGGGAGAAUCAGAUAGGUACUUACAGUUUUUCCUCCUAUGUGUAGCUGGGCCCUGGAAUGUCAUAAUUCAUAAUUCAUAACUCAUAAAUCAUUUUGUCUUGACAGGGAGGCGAGAGAGGGGGAGAUUUCUAGCUGUCACAGAGUUGUCUGCUUACCGCUUGUCUGUGCCGUGUGACUGAACAUUACCUGAAAAAUCAUGUACGUAGAUCCAGAGAAGCGUCAGACCUGUCGAGAGUCGUGGCUGUGUAGGAGCAGGGCAGAGGGUGGAGUUCUCCGCGAGUUUAAACAUUUUAGGGGUGUGUGGAGGUUGUUUUUGUCGUGACGCGUCCGUGUGAAUGUUUCGGGAGAGGAGGAGGGAGAGAGAGAGAGAGAGAGAUGACAGCUCAGAGCCCAGCGUAAGUGUGUGCCGCUGUUUACACUCUCAGAUGGGCCGACAGCUCUCAUUACGGUCUGAAAGUGUGGGACUCCGAAAUCACUUCCCUCGGCUGUCAGCAGGCGUCUUGCUGCUGUCCAGAAGUCCCUCACUAGGUUCCUUUGAUGUCUGGCUUUAAGAUAUUUUGGUGGUAAUUAUUGACAAGUCACAGAAGAAUAUAAAUGUGAAAAGGGUUUGGGGAUCUUUUAUAUUUGAUCUGCUGGCAUAGAGAUACGUCGUCUUUCAUGAAGCUAAUUUUGUUCUGCAGUCUAUACGAUUCAUGUACGCCCAUGACACGUGGGUAGCGCAUGCGUGUGUGCAGUGUUGGCUAACACUUCCGUAGAUGUAGUGAAACGCUUCCACCGUGUUUCUGAACCUCGUGCUGAGCUCGUGCGUCGCACACUGCUACGGGUGCUUUUGUGUUUUGCAUUUUGGCGCAUUUAAACGUUUUCAGACAGAAUAAGGUCCCAGAAUUAAGCUACAGCGCCUGUUUGUGUUCUUGGCCGGUUUCGCCUGCCAGCGCUCUGCUGUUGUUGGUGUUUGUGGGGUGUAGCCAGUCAUGCAAGGUGUUCCAGACUCAUCUGUCCCACACUUUAACAAACACAGCAAACAUCUUCUACAGUCUCACCCUAACAAACGUAUUGUACACGCAUGCUUCAUCUUUAAGAAACAUGCAAGCCAAGGUUGAAACGACUCACAAACACAAAUUCGGCGUCUCUUUUAAAGACAAAAGAAAGACGCAAUAAGUUCGGUAUGUUUCACAUCAGUUCUUUUCUUGCCCUCCAGCUAAAGCUGUCUAAUGCGCUGACAGAAAGGUUAGCAGCAUCACUAGGUGUGAUCACAUCCUCCAAAAGCCUGGAUAUUUACUUCCAAAAGGGUCAUAUUUUCUUCUCUACCUACAUUUGGUAGGCUAAAGUAGAGUUGCCGUGGCUUUUUCUGUGCAGUCCUGGAGGAAUGGCUUUUGGCCGUUAAGUGAUUAGGGUGCGACACAAUUACACACUCAGUUAUCAUUUUAAUUUUUGAAUGGGAACGCUGGUUUUGAAGUACUAUCCCAAACUCUUAAAGUGGGCUAUAUAAACAAGCCGUGCGCUUAUGAAAUGAGAUUUCUUUUUUCUUGUUGUUGAUGUAAAUCGUAGAUGUCUCAUCACCACUUGUGUUGGUGUGAUUAUGUCCAUAUUUAUCCUAGUCUGUUUAAAGGAUUCAUACACAUAUUCCUUAGCUAAAGCUUAAAAAACUAUUUUGUAGGGUUUUGUUUGUUUGUUUGGGGUUUUUUUCUAGUGUGAACAAUUCUAGUUGGUUGUGUUUGUGUAUUUUGGGCUCUGAGUGCUGUAGUUGCGGUGUUUAUCCAGAUAUACUCAGACACAUCGUGUAAUCAGCGUUUUGUUAAUUAACCUUUUGUAAGUUGGUGGUCUCUUAUUGCUCUUGUCAGUCAACCCUAUCUGCAGAGUUUUGGACUAUCAGACAAUGUCUGUAAAUCGAUGCUCUGUGCUGUUGUUCAGUCACCUGUAAAAUUUACCUAACAGAAGAUUUGCCAAACAAAGGUUUUUAAUAUAUGUAGCUUCUGUGUAAAUUUGGUUUGUUUGUCUCUUUGCAUCUUAUUAAAUAAAAACAAUCUUCCUUGUA